AUGGCGGCCUCUGUAGAUGCUCAACACGUGGAGAAGUGGACUUCCUUCUUCCAAAAUGAUGGGAAUUGGCGGCUGUGGUGCCGGCAGCAUGUUGGCUAUGAGGGCCUCUACCAGGAUCGCUGCAGCUACCUGAUUUUCGCAAAGGACCUCCAGGGUGUCGCAGCAGCGCUGACGCAAGACCCAAAGGUGGUGGGGGAGUGCAUACCCUUCCCGGAUUUUGCGGGUGAGGAGUAUCGAUCCUUCGUGCGGAGGCAUCCGGAGAUGCUUUGUGACAGCGACAGCGGCAGCGACAGGGAAGAUGAGGAUUUCCGAGAUUUCUCUCUUCCAGGACAACAGUCACGGUUCAUGGAAGCCAUACGCGAGGAAUCUUACAAGAAUGUCUUGGAUGUUCUGUGUACACAUCUUUCCGACCGCGAUUCAGAGGGUAACUUUUGCACUCUUCAGGAGCUAUCUCCUCAAGACUUCCCCGAUGUAUCUCCGAAGUCGCCCCUGUCAAAACUUGCAAAUUUGCGACGAAAGUUGUUUGUGAAGGUACUAACAGGUCCUGGCUCACGCUUUGGAAAGAGCGUCGCGGAGAUGAUUGUUAGCUUCCUGUAUCCGCCGCAAGCAGCUGCCGUAGUCCUGCAAGAAGAGCGACUGACACUUUGGCAAGCCUGUUCUUCAUUCAGUUUCGGCAAAGCCCGUUCGAUCUUUGUGUUGGGGCGCUCGCAUGGGCAUGCUUUGCGACGACUGUGCGAUGACGACUCACUGAGAGCUUUGUGUGAGCCGGAGAACGAGAUGCCUGGCUGGUUGAGUUCUUUCAAAAGCCACAUGGGUGACGGGCUCGCAACCCUUAGCGACGGGGAACUCGCCGCCAUGCUGGGGGUCCUGUACCGGAAGGGCCAUUUCCGCAGCCUCACCGUCGCAGCAGCUGUGUCCCAGCGCGUUCUCAGUCUCCGUCCGACGCAGGACCCCGUGACCUUGUUGAAGCGAGGCCUUCGGAAGCUUCAGUUUCGAAGCCUGGAAGCAAGUGCCGACCACAAGGUCACCUGGGAGGAGUUCUUGGACUGGUACAUGUACGAACUGCAGCUGGCUGAGGCCAGAUCCCAGCAGCAGUGA